GCUGAAUAUAAGAGCAGUUUCCAGAGGAGCCAGAGGCAAGAGGAGCCCUAGGGGGGAUCCAGAGCAGCUGACUUGACUCCCAGCUGCAGCGUCUGCUCCAUCUUCUGAGCAUAAGAGUCGGUUUCCAGAGGAGCCAGAAACAGGAACAGCCCUAGGAGCUAGCCAGAGCAACUGACUUGACCCCAGCUGCAGCUCCAGUUUCCAGUGGCAUCUGGGUCCAACAUAAUGGACCCCAUCUGUCUGGUGGAAAACCAGAACAAUCAGCUGCUAGUAAACCCCAGAGCACUGAAGAUUCUCCAGCAGAUAUCUCAGCCUGUGGUGGUGGUGGCCAUCGCAGGGCUCUAUCGGACGGGGAAGUCCUACCUGAUGAACCGCCUGGCAGGACAGAAUCAUGGUUUCUGUCUGGGCUCCACAGUGCAGUCUGAAACCAAGGGAAUCUGGAUGUGGUGUGUGCCCCACCCCUCCAAGGAGAACCAGACCCUGGUCCUUCUGGACACUGAGGGUCUGGGUGAUAUGGAAAAGGGUGACUCCAAAAAUGACUCAUGGAUCUUUGCCCUGGCCGUGCUCCUGAGCAGUACCUGUAUCUACAACAGCAUGGGCACCAUCAACCACCAGGCCCUGGAACAGCUACACUAUGUGACUGAAUUAACAGAGCUGAUCAGAAUCAAAUCAUCUCCCAUCUCUGAUGAUGUACAGGACUCAGUCGAGUUCAUGAGAUUCUUUCCAGACUUUGUCUGGACUGUGCGGGAUUUCAUGCUGGAGCUGGAGUUUGAUGGAAACCCCAUCACUGAAGAUGAGUACCUGGAGAAUGCCUUGAAGUUGAUUCCAGAUGAAAAUCAACAAAUUCAAAAUUCCAACUUACCCAGAGAGUGUAUUAAGAAGUUCUUUCCCAGACGGAAGUGUUUCAUCUUUGACCGCCCUGCAAGUAACAGAAAACAAUUACUCCAUCUUGAGGAAAUACCAGACAAUGAACUGGAUGAGAAUUUCAAGGAGCAGUCAAAAGUUUUCUGCUCAUAUAUCUAUACCCAUGCAAAGACCAAGACCUUAAAAGAGGGAAUCACUAUCACUGGGAAAAGGUUGGGGACUCUGGUGGAGGCCUAUGUAAAUGCCAUCAACAGUGGAUCAGUUCCUUGUCUGGAGAACGCGGUGACAACUCUGGCCCAGCUAGAGAACUCAGCAGCCGUGCAGAAGGCAGCUGACCACUACAGUGAGCAGAUGACCAAGAGACUGAACCUCCCCACAGACACGCUUCAGGAGCUGCUGGAGGUGCACACAGCCUGUGAGAAGGAAGCCAUUGCAGUCUUCAUGGAGCACUCCUUCAAGGAUGAAAAGAAGGAUUUUCAGAAGAAACUUCUGGUCAUGAUCAAGAAAAAGAAAGAAAAUUUCUUGCUGCAAGAUGAAGAAGCAUCUGUUAAGUAUUGUCAGGCUGAGCUUAAGAAGCUUUCAGACCCCUUGAUGAAGAGUAUUUCAGAAGGAACUUUCUCUGUCCCUGGAGGACACCUUCGCUACUUAGAAGCAAGGAACAGGUUUGAAGAGAACUAUAAACUCAUUCCCAGGAAAGGAGUUAAGGCAAACCACGUCCUCCAGAGCUUCCUGCAGUCACAGGCAGGAGUAGAGGCAGCCAUCCUGCAGGCAGACCAGGCCCUCGCUGAUGUGCACAAAGCCGUGGCAGCAGAGGAAUAUACCAAAAGACAAGCAGCAGAGAUGAAACAGGAUCUGCUAAUACAGAAACUGAAUGAUAAGAAGCAAAAAAUGGAGGCACAAGAGAGAAGCCACAAGGAAAGUAUAGCCCAACUGAAAGAGAAGUUCAUGAUGGAAAGAGAAAAGCUUCUAAGGGAGCAGGAAGAAGUGCUGGAGCACAUGCUGAAGGUGCAAAGGGAACUGCUCAAUGUGGACUUUCAAAAAAAAUCUGCUGAAUUACGUAUUGAGAUAAUUAGACUACAACAAAUAAAUAUAAGAAAUGAAAAUACAUGCUUACUACUUUAAGGAUCCCGGCAGGUUUUACCUUUGUGUUAAUGUCCUUAUGAAGUGACUUUCUUUAACAAUGUGCAUAGGGAUGAUGUAUCUUAUGUGCAUUAAAGAUCUAAACAUAAGACAGAAACUAUAAAACUCUUAGGAGAACAUAGGCAAAACACUCUCCAACAUACAUCACAGCAGGAUCCUCUAUGACCCACCUCCCUGAAUAUUGGAAAUAAAA